CCCAAUUCUUCCCUGGCCGCCGCUCUGGAGCGAGAGAGAAAUGACGACCCGCUUCAAGAAGAACAGGAAGAAGAGAGGGCACGUCAGCGCCGGGCACGGCCGAAUCGGGAAGCACCGGAAGCACCCGGGAGGUCGUGGUAACGCCGGAGGCAUGCAUCACCACCGGAUCCUCUUCGACAAAUAUCAUCCUGGUUACUUCGGUAAAGUGGGUAUGCGUUACUUCCAUAAGCUUCGCAACAAGUUCUAUUGCCCCAUCGUCAACAUCGACAAACUCUGGUCUAUGAUCCCUCAAGAUGUCAAGGACAAGGCCUCCGCCGAUAACGUCCCCCUCGUCGAUGUUACCCAGUUCGGUUACUUCAAGGUGCUGGGCAAGGGUGUCCUACCUCCAUCUCAGCCCAUCGUCGUGAAGACGAAGCUCGUAUCCAAGAAUGCGGAGAAGAAGAUAAAGGAGGCCGGUGGUGCCGUCGUACUCACCGCUUAGAUUUAGUAAUGUAUGGUGACCGGAACCGCUACUCAUAUUUUUGCCUUUUUCUCCUUUUAUUAGGGUUUAAAUUUUGGAUAUUAAAAUUUAAGUGAAAUGACUCAGAGUAUCAAUUGAGUACUUGGUUGUCUUCAUUAGUCUGUCUGGUGAUAUAUACAUGGGAACUUUUUCAUGAUUUUUGGUUGAGUCUUUAUUUGAUGUAUGCUAUGGUCUUACAGUGCUUAUUAUUUGUUGCUAGGCUAAAUGGAUUUUGUUCAUAUCA